AUGGAACAUACGUUAGUUGAGACGAUAAAACGCACUGAUCGAAGAGGUUUGAUAGCUAGCGGUAGCAUUCUUGUCGAUUAUAUUAUUAUCAUCGAUCAUUGGCCAAUGGAAAAUUGUACAUCGUUUGUUCAACGUCCACCAACUAUAGUUGGUGGUGGUGGACCUUUUAAUAUUGUUAAAAAUCUUGUAGCCAUGAAAGCUUAUUUUCCACUAUCACUUCUUGGUUUAAUAGGUAAUGACGAUAAUGGUAAAUGGCUGAUAGAAGAUUGUAUAAAAUCCCAUAUUGACACGAGCCAAUUAGAAAUAAUUAAUGAUAGUACUCCAACAUCAUGCACUUAUGUAAUGAGUGUUGAAAAUUCCGAUCGACGAACAUUUUUUCAUCAACAAGGUGCCAAUGCAUGUUUGAAUGAACAACAUUUUGAUUUUUCUCGAACAACGGCAAAAUUAUUUUAUCUUGGUCCUUUAACUCAAUUAGCUAGAUUAGAUCAGUUCAUUGACGAUAAUACACGAACAAAUGCAUCAAAAGUAUUAGAAGCUGCACAUUUAUCUGGACUAGAAACGAUUGUUGAUUUUUCUAGUGGAAAAAAUUUAAAUUAUUCGAAAAUUGCUCAAGCCUCUUUACCAUUUAUCGAUCAUUUAAUAAUCAAUGAAACAGAAGCUGGUUUAAUAUUCGAUCAACAUUUAACAAGUGAUAAUAUCGAUCAAAUUCAACAAACUGCUAAACAACUCAUUGAUAUAGGCGUUAGAAAAACAGUAACAAUCCAUUUUGAACAAGGUGCAAUUUUGAUUACCAAAGAUGGAAAUAUUUUAAAACAAGGUUCAAUCAUUCUACCAGCUGAAUUUAUCAAAGGUGCCGUUGGUGCUGGAGAUGCUUUUGCUGCAGGAAUGAUUUACGGUAUUCAUGAACAAUGGCCAUUAGAUAAAACAUUGCGUUUGGCUGUUUGUAUUGGUGGUAUGUCAUUGAGUAAUGAAACAUCAUGUGGUGGAAUGAAAACUAUCGAUGAAUGUCUUCAAUUGGAAAAAUUCGGUUUUCGAAAACUAUAA